GGGGCAAACAGGGCUGGGGCUUGGGAGCUUCACUUGAGGUCACACAGUGCAUCCAUCCACUGUCUGAGUACAAAGUCCAAGACUGGCAUCUCCACAAGAUCCACAAGGCUGCCCUGGCAGGUGACGUGGCCCAAGUACAGCAGAUCCUAAGCCAAAAAGAAGAUGCUUUGAAUUGCCUAGACAAGAAGAAAAGGACUGCUCUGCAUCUGGCCUGUGCCAAUGGCCAUGAAGAAGUGGUGACUCUCUUAGCAGAGAGAAAAUGUGAACUUGACGUUCGUGAUGGUCGAGACAAGACAGCGUUGAUAAUGGUAUAUAGUAGAGAACUGUGGAGGGCACUGCAUACGGAAGCUAUCUUGAGCUAUCCGCCAUCUUGAGCUAUCUGCCAUCUUGAGCUA